CAAGCAAGACAAAGCGAAACUGGCUUUGUAUGUAUGAGUGGAGUAGUGAAUCAGACAGGCCACCGGCCACUGUCGCCGCCUGCACACUUCGACAACAGACCAAGCCAGUCAGCAUUCGGCGCGCAGCCCGUUAGCACUGCUAUAUCGCGCUGCACAUUCGAAUCAUUCGAAUGUCAACAAACUUUCACCUCGUCUGUAAACAAACAAAAUGUACGAGGAAAUUCAAUAAAUUGUUUUUAUUAUUUUAAUUAUCCCUCUUUAUUGUUACUUUUUACCCAAUUCAUUAAUCUUAAUAAAGUUUUAAUUAGUCGCGGUUGAGUGGUUGUUGGUGUUUUUUUUCUUGCCCAAUGUGUAACAAUUGAAAAUAUUGCAGUAAUAACAUUGGAUGCUGGAGAUUUGUUGGUGUCAAGUUAUAUUGCAUUGGAGCGAGCUGUUUAGAGGAUUAAAUUGACUGAAUGUUCCAAUUGUGCUGUGGCUAAAUUACUUAACUACCUGCUGGUGAUACACUAUGGGCAAGGAUUAUGGAGAGCCAAUUCGGUAUGAUCCGGAUUUCAACGGUCCCAUCCACAACCGGUCCUGCACAGACAUCUUUUGGCUAGUUCUGUUCAUACUCUCUCUUGGAGGAUGGGGCUAUGUUGGCUAUUAUGGUAUGACACACGGAAACAUUGAAAAACUCCUCGCACCAAUCGACACGACCGGGGCACGAUGUGGUCUGGACUCCAGUGUGAAAGACAAACCGUAUCUUGUAUUCUUUGAUAUUUCCAAAUGUCUGUCACCAGGCACUCCCAUCGUUGGCUGUCCUACGCCACAGGUUUGCGUGCCAAAUUGUCCAUCCCGAACUAUAAUUUUCGGCGCAGAAAUGAACGAGCAAAAUUUCGGUGCAUAUAGAUCCGACAUGGUGUGCACAUACGAUGUCAAUGUUAACACCUUGACUUACACGCAAGCUGUUGAAUACAUAUCCAAAGGGAAAUGCGCUCCGUACGUACUGGAAAGUCAAGCAGUGAUGGGACGGUGUUUCGUGAACGUAGCCGAUGUGAAGAAGAUAUUACAAAACCACAACAUCACCGAGGAGGAGGUGAUCUCACAAAUCGUAAAUCUGGUGCAGUUCCAAGAGUUGUCGGCGCAAAUAGUGCAAGACUUGGUUCAGUCAAGAUGGUACUUGCUGGGUGCUGUCUUCGGAGUCGUGAUCCUAUGCUUCUUAUACAUCCUGCUGCUGCGCUGGGUUGUUGGCCCAGUUGUAUGGGUCUCCAUCGUUGGACUGAUCGGUCUACUCGGGUUUUGCGUGUAUCUAUGUUACAAAAACUAUGCAUACUACAAAGCCAACCCAGGGUUGCUACAUCAGACGACUAACCUGAAGGGGUACGCUGAAUCCAUGUUCACGAAGCCUGGCACCUGGAUGGCGAUCCUCAUCGCAGUGGCGAUCAUCCUCCUCUUUCUCGUGCUGAUGGUCAUUUUCCUUAGAAAAAGGAUUUCUAUUGCCAUUGCUAUCAUCCGUGAAGGAAGCAAAGCCGUAACAGCAGUAAAGUCUACAAUAUUCUUCCCUCUAUUCCCGUGGGUCUUCCAAUGCUUCGUCAUUGCUUACGGUGUGUUGGUGCUCAUGUAUCUCCUGUCUAUCGGAGAGUCCGCCUUCAAAAUAGUCAACCUACAGAAUGACACUACUUGCAGCUGUAGUAACGGUAUUUACACCCAGGACUACCAGUCGUGUGAUCCAGUUACAUUCCUAACGCAUUGUUUUGAUCAAAAUGGAGGCUCAUGCAGUAAAGCCAUGUGUCACUUUACCGGUCUCGAAAAUCCGCACAGCGUUGUCUACUUGCAUUUGGCCAAUUUAUUGGGUUUCUUCUGGACAAUGUUCUUCAUCAGUGGAGUGUCUGACAUGAUGCUGGCCAGCACAUUCUCUACAUGGUACUGGACAUACGACAAGAGAGAUCUUCCAUUCUUUACACUUACCUCUGGUAUAUACAGGACAGUACGGUAUCACUUGGGUACCGUGGCUUUUGGAGCGCUGAUAAUAGCCAUAGUUCGAGUGAUUCGCGUCAUACUCGAGUAUAUUGACCAGAAACUGAAGAAGUUCGACAAUCCGCUCACGAAAUGUCUCAUGUGCCUAUGUAAAUGCUUCUGUUGGUGCUUGGAAAACUUCCUCAAGUUUAUCAAUAAGAACGCCUACAUUAUGUGCGCAGUACACGGACAGAACUUCUGCACGAGCGCGAGAGACGCUUUCUCAUUGCUCAUGAGGAAUAUCUUAAGAGUCGUCGUUAUAGAUAAGGUGACAGACUUCCUGUUCUUCUUAUCAAAAUUGUUAAUAUCAAUCGGAGUGGGUGUCGGCGUGUAUUACCUGCUGCAGUGGAACUUGCUGUACGAAGUGACGCAGGGUCAGCCCCUGCACUACAACUACAUUCCCGCCAUUAUACUGAGUAUCGCCACUUACCUCAUCUGUACAAUAUUCUUCAACGUCUAUGAAAUGGCCGUUGAUACAUUGUUCCUUUGUUUCCUUGAAGACUGCGAAAGAAACGAUGGUUCACCAGAGAAACCAUACUUUAUGUCGAAAAAUCUUAUGAGAAUCCUAGGAAAACGAAAUAAGGAAUUAUAAAGUGCCAAAAAUAACGUACGAGUGUUGUGAACGUAAAAUUAAGAGAGUAAGUUAAUCGUGUCAAUACUUUAAAUCAUUGUCACAAUUAAUAUAAUCACUGGUACUUCGAUUUACACGUUUUAUAGGAUUUUUUAAUAUAUUUCUAUUUGUAAUAAUUUAGAUGUGUACUCGUUUACAGUAUUGUAUCAUAGUUUAUAAUUAUAGAAACCAAAUAAUAAUUUGUUAUGUACGUUUAUAAAAUUUAUAACAAUGGAUAUCACACCAUUUAUAAGAGAAACUGAGAUUAUUAAGAUAUUUUAUGAUAAAUCAAGAAAUAUUAAACAUUUGUCUGAUAAUAAAUUAAGUGGUUUGUGAUACUGAAAAUAAAUUUUGUGAAAUCAAGGCUUGUAUUUUAUUAACCA